AUAACGAGCGUCUAAAUGAACAGCAGCGCCAUGGGAAGGUUUGAAGAGACAGGAUUUGAUUCUGUGGUUUGCCCUAAGCCUCGUCGGGUAGGCGUUUUUUUAAAUAAAUUCAGUAGCUGUUAUUGGAGUGAGGCGACGGAUUCAGAUGAUGGUACAGAUCUUCUCGAUAUAAUACUCUCCGGGGGUGGAUAUGGGGAUGAAAAAUCCACCAACCAAACGGCUUCAUCGCCUCCAUAUUUCUGCGGAUCGCCGCCAAGCAGGGCGGUGAACCCCGUGAUCCAAGACGUCCGAUUCGACAACGAGAAGGCGCCUCUAGCAUCGCCGGCACCGCGCUAUUCACAAUCCUCGAGGGGAGGAGGGUGUAAGUCCGGGAAGAAACCGCCGGCGGUACGUAUCGAGGGGUUCGACUGUCUGAACCGAGAUAACAACAACCGCAGCAUCUCCGCCGCGGCUUAAGGCAUAAAAUAUUGGUUGCGAGAGGGAGAAGAAAAAUUAAAAAUUAAGAGUCUGGUCCAGUGGUAGGUUUGGGGUUGUAAAUAUAAAAUUAAAAAAUGAGAGCGAGGGUUUUUUGUAAUUUGAGUGAAAACGACUACGUUUCUUGCUAUGGGUAGGGUUCCUUUUUCAUUAUGAGGAGCGGAUUUUUGUAAUAUAUGUUGUUUUGAUCAAUGCCUCUACUCCUUUGUUCCUUCUAUAUGUAAUUGUAAUUUGAA